GUCUGCUGAAGAUACAGGGAGACUGGGCGUGCAUGCAUGUGAUGAGAGCAAGGGAGCAGACCCUCCAGUCUCUGUGAACCCCCCUACUGCUGCAUGUGUGAGAGUGUGUGCCUGUCUAUGUGUGUGUGAGAGAGGGGGAGACCGAAGAGCGAGAGCAAGAGAGGAAGGAAAGAAGGAGACAGAAAGGAAAGAGGAAAGUAGACCAACAAAUUCAACCAUGCUGUGCUGUAUGAGAAGAACAAAACAGGUGGAAAAAAAUGAGGAGGGCGACCAAAAAAUUGACCAAGAUGCAAACAAGCCAGAGGACAAAGCUCAUAAAGCAGCGACCAAAAUCCAGGCCAGCUUUCGCGGACAUAUAAUCCGGAAAAAACUGAAGGGCGACAAGAAAGGAGAUGAGAAUAGUGGAGAACCUCUGGAGAACCACAAAGAAGAUGCUAAGGAGAACGCCGAAAAGAAAGAAAACGAGGCUCCAAAAACAGAGGAACCCACCAGUGAUGGACCUUUGUCUGAAGAUGAUAAGAAGAAGGCAGAUAGUUCUUCAGAAGAUAAAAAGCAGGAGGCGGGUUCAGCGGAAGAGGCCAAAAACACAGAAAAAAAACCUUCAGAGGAGAAGCAAACGGAGUCUGAAGCUACAGAAAAGUCUUCGGGUCAAGGCGCCAACCAAGCAAAGGAUGAGUCCAAACAAGCCGAUGUGCCUGCCGCUAGUCCAGAAGCCGCCCCUGCAAAAGAGCAACCCAAACAAGACACAGCAGACAGCAGUCAAGAUGACGACAAGAAAGGAGAUGACGUAGAAGCAACCAAACCUAGUGAAAGUGCCCAACAAGAAGAGGCUACCAGUGAAGAGCCCAAGGCGGACCAAGAAAAUGCCUGAACACAUUGAAAUCCCCCCUGUUACUCUCCUCUUGGACUCCAUCGUUUUACCCUCCCGGCUCCUCCUUGACCUUUCGACUCUCUUCCUCACGUGGGUUCCUCCACCUCACUCCCUCUUCUUCUUUCUCUGUGUGGCAGAACAUGUAAAAAAAAAAAAAAAAAAAAAAAAAAAAGCAGGAAAGUUUCAGUCAAACAGUGUGGCUUAAACAUUUUAAGUGUUUCUUGGUGUUGUUAUGGCAAGUUUUCCAGUAUGGUCCAAUCCGAUUCAUUUUGGACAAUUCUUUCGCACUGUAUCCAAGUUUACUUCCAGCUCCCUCGCUCUUCUCUCUUUCCCUCUGUUACACUGUGUGCAAUGUUCCGUUACUCUAUGGGUUACAAAUCAAUCCAGUGAAUUUCAAAAAGCGUCUCUUAAGUUUGUCUUUUGUUUUUUUCAUUUUCUUUGUUUUCUUAUUUUUUAUACAUUUAUUGAUAUUAUUAUUUUAUCACAUUCUUGUUCCUCUUCAAUGUGAUGGAAUGAACUUCUCAAAACUAAUUAGCCCUCCCUACGGUUUGUUUUCCAAAAUAAAGCGAUGUGCCAAUUAGCGUCUAUAUCCGGCAGUCACCCGUGUAUUUUUCUUGUCCAGCUCGCUGUCUUGACUCUGACGCCUCAGGAGAUCUGAGAAGUCUGCCUAUGUUUUCUAUCGUAUUUCAGAUGUUAGUCCUAUAUGUUGUGAAUGAGGAACACAGUCACUCGCAAGGCAUUGAGAAUGUAUGGUCUGGUUUUUGGCAAACACAGAGGUAAUAAAUAGUUUGAUCUCCAGUU